AUGAUGCUCAUUGUCUUCGGGGGAGUUGCAGCGACCGGCUAUUUCACAUGGGACGAGUUCCAUCAAGAGAAGCCCAAUAAGCACGAGCCUGGUCAGAACACUACUCAGGGGAACGGGACCAACGACACCAAUCUGAUUGUGACAAGGCGCGAUAUUCCCAAAGUCAUUUUGCCAUUAUGGGGCGAUUAUGAUGAUGAAAUCACAGCAGAAGAUGUACCAGGCGGCUUGUUACCGGGCGAAAAGCCUGAGUGCAGUAUGCGGUCCAAGAAGCCCCAGUGCUACACAGGUCAUCUUUGUUAUAGACGCAAAUGUGUUCCUUGGUGCAAGACCAAAUGGGAUACUUGCUAUACCGGACAUACUUGCCUGCUCAACGAUACGAGUAACUGGCGGAUUUGCAGCCGCGAACCGGAGUAUCAGCUACCCUGCACCGAGAACUAUAAAUCCUGCGAGGAGAGUGGUGACUGUUGUACUGGGUCUUGUCAACGAAGGGGGGAGUUGAAUGUGUGUGUUCCACCGGGAAAAUUUGAGCAUCGUCCUAAGGGUUGGAAAGGAGAUUAUUGGCCUGAGGAUGAGGUUAAGGAGUAA